AUGUCUUCCUCGAACUCUGACUCCUUGUCGACCGUUCAUUAUGCAAAACCGGUCAUCAUUCGUAAAGCCUCGAUGUUUUCAAAGGCGUCAAUUUCGGUUUCUCAGGAUUCGAGCGAAAAGAACCGUUGUUUAUCCUUUUUUUUUAAAUUAUUGAAAAUAAAGAGUUUAGAAAAUACUGGCAUUGUUUAUCCAAGACUUUUAAUAAAAGAUCCCGGUUCUCCGCAGCAUAGUCAAUCCACAAGAAGUGAUGCUUACGCAGUACCUCACGCUUCCUCAGUUAGUUUUUUUUUCUUCUGUUAUUUUUGAAGAAUUUUCCAAAAUAUUUUUAAAUUUUAUGGUCUAUUCAAAUUCCUUUCUAUGAUGUUUGACACGCUUCAAAAAAUAUAGUCUGUUCAGAUUUUGAAUGUCAAGCAGCUAACUCCACCCCCAAGGCUACAAUAUUUUUCGCGUCAAUGUUUUAUCUACAUAUGCCAAUGGCCCUUUAAUAAGGCUGCUUUUUUGACCUCUUUUUCUAUUUUUUAGAUCGAAAAAGAUCAAAAUUAGUCCCGCGCGAUGAAACAUCGACGCGAAAAGGUACCGUCUCAGCAGGGGCGGAGUUAGCUGGUUGACAUUCAAAAUCUGAACAGACUAUAUCAUGCAGCUUUCAGUUGAGAAUAUAUAUUGCAAGAUUUCUGCGCGUUAAAACACGCCAUCAAUGAUUUUCGACUGUCAGAAAAAAACAAUGAUAAAGAUUGACUCACCGUUCUCCAAUAAAAUAAAGUUCAUUCACAAAAAUAUAGACAUGACAUUUUUUUCUUUUGUUUUAAGCUGGAGAAAAUCAUUGGUCUCCGAACAAAACAUACUUCAGGCCAAAUUAUCAUUCUCCCAACUGAAAUACGAGAAUAUAAAACACCGUUGUAAGAUGAUUGAAGAGGAAAAUCAACGACUUCUGCGGUUUCAGUCGGAUGUCGUCAACGACGCAAAUAGGAGGGUCGAGGUUUAUUUUUAUUAUUUUUUUUAUUUCAAUACAUUUGUUGUCUUGUAUUUUUUCAUUCAUUUGAAGUUUUGGAUAGCAAUGAUUUUCGCAACUCAAAUAUCUUUCGGCGAGAUCCAAAAUAAGGCGUGUUUGUAUUGCUCUUCUUCCCGUAUCCCAAUGAUUGCCGGCGGAAGCCACUUUUCGCCUUUUAUUCCCCGCCGUCUUAAAACUAUCCUGCUUUCCAUGUUCUCUUUACUUGGCUCAGCUUCUAAAAUCGAGGUGAAUGCAGUGGUUUUCAAAGUUUUCACUCAAUUAGUCCUGCCAACAAAACGUAAGAACUUUAAGAUGCACGUCAACGAAAUUCGCAUGCUGAAAGAAGAAAACAAGAAACUUCUGAAGGCAAAUAAGGUUUUAUCUGUUCUCUUCUUCAAUUUUCAAGUAGUUGAAAGGAGUUGCGCGAUCUUUGUUGCUUUCUCGAUGAUGAUCGUCAAAAAACCAGGCGGUUGGCUCGUGAAUGGCAAAAAUUCGGCCGCUUCACCAGUAAUUUGAUGAAGCAGGUUAGUUUGGAUAGGUUCAAGAUAUUGAAAAACCGAGGUUCAGGAAGUGCAGACCUAUCAACAAAAACAAAACGAGCUCGAAGAAAGAUGUGCUGUAAGAGGUCGGGAGAACGAGGAGCUCAAGCAGCUGUGUCUGUACUUGGAUGAGCAGCGUCAGCUUCUCGCCAAUCAGUUUAAUCAGUGUCACCGAGACGACGACAGAAGCGAGGAUUUAGGUAAAUUAUUACUGCUGUUCGCGAUGAACUGGUGAAUUUCAGGCUGCGGGAGCAGUGAGAGAAGUGUCACUUUCGAAGAAGAAAACUGCAGUUUCAAUAAAACAAAAGUAUGUCAGCUUUAUCAUUCACCCUGCGCUAAAGUUUGGCAGAUUUUAAAAAUAUUUCAGGAAGAUGCUAUUCGCCUUCUUUCGAAACGAAUGAGUUUGCCGUCGACAUCGUCCAUAACGGAGGAAGGGCUGGCACCUAAGAAGGAUUCGACAUUAAUCAUUAGCUAUAUCCAAUCAUUGGAGAAUCGCAUCAAGAACCUUGAAAGUCUACAGAACAAUGUUGGCAACGCAGGGUUUUUGCGGCUGAUUAGCAGGAAAUUUCAGGAGUCUUUCUGGAACUCGGAGUCCAACAUCGGCUCCGAUAGCGAUGAGAAAACUGUCAUCGAAAGAUGGGACGAGGAGAAUACAAGCAACGGGAACUCCACGACGCGGAAGUCAACUAUCCAGAAUAUGUUCACGUCAACAACCAGUUGGAUUUUCUUGACUACGUCGAAGAAUUAGCGUUCCAGGUACAAUGACGUCAUCAGGAACAACGUACGGGAGCUCAGAAACGGAUGGCGAAAGCGCCGUCUUUGUGAUGGGCGAUGAGAUCGGUGAGUCACACAGGAGUAAUCAAAUUGAGGUAAUUCAGAUUUCGGUUCGCUGGAAGUGCGUGCACUUUCUCGCAUCGACGAGGAAAAGUCUGAAAUGGCAAAUUCUCGGGACAAGACCGAAGAGAACGUGGUAGAGAAGAGCGGAGAGAUGCCACCAGCUAUCGCUCCCAUCAGUCGAAGCUUGGUACGAAUAUCUCUGUUUCUGAAAAGCUCACUAUCAAAAAAAAAUUUUUGAAAGUUUUGCGCUUCAGCUUUCAAUCGCCCACUUUUCGAUGAAAUCUCCAUCCACUUCGACAGAAAAAGACAGCCUAACGAGGUCCGCCUCCGAAACUUUCAACUCGUGGACUUCUGCUCCAAGAAGUUUCUUUUAGUUUGAAAGUUUAUUAUUUCUUUGCCACAGGUUCUAUCAGAUGCUCGUCUGUUGGGGAUGAAAAUGAAUUUCCCGAAAAUUGA